AUGGUCAACUGCGCUCAACUCCAACAAUCCACCAAACCAACCCGCUACCUCAUCAAACGCCCCAAAGCCCUCCAAUACUUCCACCACAGCACCCUCAUAACCGACUCCUCCGAAGAGCGCCAAGCCGGCCGCUUUGAACUCUUCCUCGACCUCCUCUACGUCGCCCUCGUCGCAAACUUCUCCGACGACCUCGCCGAGAACCCUAACCCCAAACACCUCGCCAAAUACGUCCUCAUCUUCGCGCCGGCAUGGCAUAUCUGGGCGGAUCUGCGCGAGAUUAUGAAUUCGUAUUAUACGGAUGAUAUUGUGCAGAGGCUGGUGAUUUUGUUUGUUAUGGCGUUGUUAGUUUUGUAUGCGAAUAAUGCGAAUGCGGUGGAUGAGGAGAUUGGGGCGUUGAGGACGGCGGCGGGUGCGUAUGUGGUGGCGAGGUUCACGACGAUGAUGAUAUUCUUGAUUAGUAGUUUUGCAAGUUAUCAGCAUCGGGUUCAGGCGAGGAUAUUGGCGGGGUUUAUGUUUGUUGGCUUGCUUUUUGUGGUUCCUCUUUUCUUCGAGGGUGUGAGUAUUUGGACGAAGAUUAUGGUUGUAGUGGUCAUGAUCAUUUAUCAGGAGGCGACGUGGGCGAUUACGCUUUCUCCUUGGAUUAAGAGGAAGCUCAAGCUGACCUACAGCACUGCAGUCGACAUUGCGCACGAGGUCGACAGAAUGGCGGCUUUCUUUAUCAUCAUCCUUGGAGAGUUCGUGUACAGUAUCAUUGUGGGUAACCCAGCAGGAACUGGGCUGAGUAGCAGGUACGCAAAAGCAGUUGGUACUCUGGUCAUCGCCUUCUGUCUAAAUUGGAUCUACGUUACAGGUGACGGCAGUCUACAAGCGACGCAUCCGAUCAGAAGGUCGGCUUGGACUGCAUUCGCUUUCUUCCUGCUUCAUCUACCUUUAGCCAUGUCCUUCUUGAUCGGCGGACAUAUACUGGCAGUAAGCGUUCGUCUGAAGGAAUUCGAAUACGGCCAGAGAUGGUUACUAGGUGGCGGACUAGGUAUAGGGAUGUUCUGUCUCUGGGUCUUCGGUAUGCUGUUUCGAAGUGACGACGAAGGACAACUGAUCAUGUCGCGAUGGCUGAGGAUUGCUCCUCGGCUGGUUGUUGCGGUUGUGCUCGUUGUGAUGCCUGAAACACACAGGCACCUCAAUGCGACGGAAUUUGUGAUGACUGUCAUGGCACUGUUCGUUCUAGUAACGUUGUGGGAGACGGCUGGUGGACUUUUGAAGGGCGCACAGCUUUACGAAAGCUGGAGUGAUCGCCAUCCACCGAAAGAGGACCAGGUAGACAUCGAGAACCGUGAGCAAUAG